GAAUUCAGGAAACACUAUGAAGGCUAUGUACCAUUGGACUACAAGGUUUACUUGAAGAAAAUGAAAAGAUCUGGGGAAUGGGGAGAUCAUGUGACCUUACAAGCGGCUGCAGACCGGUUUGGUGCCAAAAUCUGCCUGCUGACGUCGUUUAGAGACACAUGCCUGAUCGAGAUAGUCCCCAGGGAUGCCGCUCCUACAAGAGAGCUUUGGCUAAGUUUCUGGUGCGAAGUACACUAUAAUUCCUUGUAUGCCAAUGAAGAUCUUCCGACUCGCAAGACCAAAAAGAAGCACUGGCUGUUCUAGGUAGGGUUCGCUGGUCGUUGGAUUCACCACUCCCCCCCUCAUUCUUGUGCACUCGGUCCAGCGGCAUCUGCAUGUAACGUUAUUUCAUACUGCUGAUGUUGUAAGCUGUAACCUGAAACGGACUCAUUGUAAUCUUUUAUGUAAAGUGGAAUGGUGAAAAUUCUUUAUUUCGGGGAAGAUGAGACAGAAAUAGCAGCUGUACAGUUUGUCUUGGUUAA